GGGCCCAGGGUGGAGAGGUGGAGACGCAGGAGGAGGGGCACACGGGACUCGGGCCCAGAGCCGGGGGCGGGUCCGAGGCUAGGGGCCCGGAUCGGGCGCCAAGCGCUGGGGCCCAGGCGGCUGCGGAGCCGAGCGCAGCGGGCAGCGGGACCGCCCCAGCCCGGCCGACCAUGAACUCGGGACGCGAGCCCCGAACACCCCGGACACUCUUAAGCAUCGCAGACAUCCUAGCCCCGGGCAUGGUCCGCCGAGCACCCUCUGCGCCGCAGCUUCCAGAGUCGGGUCCGGGUCCAACCUCGCCGCUGUGCGCGCUGGAGGAGCUGACUAGUAAAACUUUCCGCGGACUUGACGCGCGCGCUCCGCAACCCUCUGAAGGGCGGGCAGCCGCGGAUGCGCUGGGCGCUGGCCCUGCCGGCCGCAAACGGCGCAAGUCACGCACGGCGUUCACCGCGCAACAGGUGCUGGAGCUGGAGCGGCGCUUCGUCUUCCAGAAGUACCUGGCUCCGUCCGAGCGAGACGGGCUAGCUACACGACUAGGCCUGGCCAACGCGCAAGUGGUCACUUGGUUCCAGAACCGACGAGCCAAGCUCAAGCGCGACGUGGAGGAGAUGCGCGCCGACGUCGCCUCGCUACGCGCGCUGUCCCCCGAAGUCCUGUGCAGCUUAGCACUGCCCGACGGCGCUCCAGAUCCCAGCCUCUGCCUCGGAGCCGCCGGCCCUGACUCCCGGCCCCAACUGUCAGACGAAGAGAUACAGGUGGACGAUUGAACACAAAGCUGCCGCCAACCCUGGGCUCUGGGGUCCGGGACUGCUCACCUCGUGCUCUGCCUCCUGCCCUAGUUCCAGGGUGGAGGAAGAAGGUCCACUUGGGCCUCUUCCGGCCCACAGUCCAGACGCUCACCUUUUCCCGGGUUUUUUUGGAAGUUUGCUUUGUUGUUUGAGACAGGGCCUCGCUCUGUCGCCCAGGCUGGAGUGCCGUGGAGCAAUCACCACUCACUGCUGCCUCGACCUCCUUGGCUCAAGCGAUCCUCCUGCUUCAACCUCCUGACUAGCUGGGAUUACAGGCGUGCAGCCCCACCUCAGGCUAAUUUUAAAAACUUUUUUUUAGAGAGGAGGUCCCGCUAUGUUGUCCAGGCUACCUUUCCCAAUAUUUCAGAAUAAAGUCGAGACUCUGCCGCA